AUGAAAAUUGAAGUUAAGGAACAUUUAAUAAAUAUUAUGUUUAAUAAUAAUGCGCAUGUUAGUAAUCAACAAAAACGAUUUAAUGGAAAUGUUGAAGAUAUAAUAGUAACCUAUUCAGGAGCUUUUAUGAAUUUCACAAAACAAAGGUGUUAUAAUAAGUAUAAUACUAAGGCGAUCUCGGCUACGUCUAUUAGUGAGCUUUAUAUUUUUUGCGUUUAUCCGAAUAUCCAUUUAAAAAAGAAGUAUUCCUCAUAUAUAGUGGAAAGUAAUUAUCAAAUUGUAAUGAGCCAACGACAAGUUUUAAUUAUUAACUUAUUUGUUAUCUUUUUUUUGUUAGAAAUUAGAAAAUAUAUAAAGGAGAUUUUAUUACAUUUCAUAAAGAAUUUUUUUCUAUUUUUUGUAAAGACGUAUCUAUUAAUUUUUUGUAACUGGAGUAGUUUUUCUGUUUUCUCCCAUAUUUCUUAUAUUCACCUUUUGCUUCAUAAUGACUCAUGGGACACAUUUAAUUUUACGAAAUAUGUUUUAUUUUUUAAUUGUGUACAAAAAUUUAAUAGCAAUGUUGUUUCAUUGAAAUAUAAGAAUAAUCAUAUUUUAAAAAGUAUAAAGAACAAAGACAACGAGAAGAAAAAUCAUAUAAUUCAAUAUAAAAAUAGUAGCUGUGCGCUAAUUAUAUUUUUACUAUCAAUAAGAGGACGGAAAGAUGAGAAAAUUAAAAAUGCCCUUUUUUAUUAUAUAGAAGAGAAUAAUUAUACGAAAUUUGACAAAAAUAGGAUAAUCGAAAAAAAUAACCAUAUCAAGAUCAAGAUGAUAAUGAUAAUAAAAGUAACAAUAACAGAAAUAAUAAUAAUAUAUUACGUUAGCUUAGUAGAGAAUAUUCUUUUUUUAUGCAUACCUAUUAUAAAAAAUGUGCAUCAUCUUCUGUAUCAUCACAAAAAUACAAAAUUGUUUAAUACUCAAGAAUAUUUACCAGUAGAAAGGGAAAUGCGUAUUAUAAAUAAAUGCGGGAAAGCUUUCCUUACAAAUUUUUCGCAGAUAUUACAUUUUUUUUUGUGUGUAGCUAUUCAGCAUUAUAUUCCUCCCGAUGGUCAUCAAUUUGCUCGCCAUUUUAAAUUAGAUAGUAUCAUCCAUUUUUUGAUUUUGAAAGUUGUAUUACAUAGUCAGAACCAUUUUAAAAUUAACGUAUCUUAUGAACAUACAUUUAUAACUCUACAGUUAAUUGCAUAUUUAACAGAAAUAUGUAAAAAGGAUUUCCCCUUUUUUGCUACUAAAGUAUUUUGUAUGAUAAAAAAUUUGAAAGAAGGCAGAAUGCCCUUUAGUGUAGAACGCAGAAAUAACAAGAUAAGUAAAAAGGGGAACAACAAUUGCAACCACAGCAACAGUAGCGGCAAAAAUAACAACAUUGGUAACAAUAACAUUGGCAACAAUAACAUUGGUAACAAUAACAUUGGCAACAAUAACAUUGGUAACAAUAACAUUGGCAACAAUAACAUUGGUAACAAUAACAUUGACAACAAUAACAUUGGCAACAAUAACAUUGGCAACAAUAACAUUGGCAACAAUAACAUUGGCAACAAUAACAGGAACAAUAUGAGCAUAUAUAUGAACUGCGAGCGGAAGGUGCGAUAUGAGGAGAUGUUCAAUCUUAGUAAAAAUCGCCACAGUUAUUUCAGAAAUCAGUAUAGGCAGUCCGGAAAAGUAGGAAAGAGGACAUGUAUGAACAUGAUCAGAGUGAAAAACGGUAAAUUGGCUAAAAAAUUUAUGUGUGAAAUGACCCUCAAAAAUUCUUUAGAAUAUAAGAGCAAAGGUGAAAUUAGAAACAGUGAAGAAUAUAGUGGAAGGAAUGAUCAUAACAGUAAUACCUACAGUAGGGAAGGAAACGAACAUAAUCAUCGUAGGGGAAGUAGAGAUAGUGGACAGAAUAGCGAAAAAGGUAGUGGUAGCGAACAGGACAGUAACAGCAAGAAGAGUAACGGUAAUGAAAAUAAUUACAACAACAGUGGAAACAAUAAUAACAAAAACAGCAAUAGCAGCGGUGGCAAUAAUAACAACAGUGAAGGUAAUGACAAUGAUAAUAGCAAUAAUAACGAUGAAGACAAUAAGAAUAACAAAGGAGAAGACGACUUUGUAGGUGAUGAUAAGAGUAAUGAUGAACGCAGCAAUAACGAUAACGAUAAUAAUGAAGAUAUUAAUGUGGAAGGUAAUAAUAAUAAAGGUGAAAUUAACGUGAAUGGAAACGAAAAUAAGGACGCUGAAGGAAUUAAUAAUGUAGAUGCUGGUAACAGCACUGCUAACUGUAAAAGCAGUUCACGUAGUAGGAGUAAUAAUAAUAAUAUUACAAGUUGUAAUGACAAUAUAUGUAAUCAGAGUAAUGUGAAUAUCACGGAUGAAGGUAGAACAAUAAGCAGCAGUAAUAAGAUAUGUGAUGAAAGUGACAACAGUACUAAAGAACACAAACAAAAUGGAGAAGAUAAGGAAAAGAAAAAUUUAAAAAUUACCAAAAGGAUGCUAAAAAAUCUAUCAUUCAUGUCAUUUAAUACAGGAUUAUUAGAAUAUAAAAUAUGUGGGAUUUGUAUUUAUCAAAACCCUCCAUUUAUUUCAAGUAGACUUCUUCAUAUUCCUUUUGCUUUAAAAAAAACAAAUGCAGAUAUAAUAGCUCUACAGGAAGUAUAUGACGAGAAACAUGUAGAAUAUCUUAAAAGUAAUUUAAAUUCGAGUUAUCCUUUUUGUGCUAGAGAUAAUUAUUGCAGCGAUAUAUUUAUGAACAAAUUUAUCGGUGCAAAUAAGGUUGAUGGGAAUGAAGAAAAUGGGCCCAGAAGCAAUAUUGUAGAAGGUAGCAAUAAACAGGGUGGUAAAGGUGACGAUAAAAAUGACGAAAAAAGUUACAGCAAAAAUGAUGGCAAAAGUUACAGCAAAAAUGAUGGAAAAAGUUACAGCAAAAAUGAUCGCAAAAGUGACGUUAAAAGUAGCGACAUUGGAGACGACAAAUGUAGCAACAGUAGUAUCAUUAAUAAUGCUUGUAAAAGGAAUAGUCUAAAUUAUUGCAAGAAUGGGGGUAAAAGGAACAAUCCAAAUAUCAGUAACGCAAACAUGAACAGUCGAAGCGGCGUACAAAGAAAAGAGAAAAAUUGCAAAAAAAAGAAAUAUUUCGCCCUACAUCAUGGCUUGUUAGUAUUUAGUAAAUACCCCAUUAUAUAUUCUUAUUUUCAUCAAUUUAAACAUGUGACAUAUUUAGAAAAUUUAUUCGGAACUAAAGGAUUUUUAGAAGUAGUUAUUGAUGUUCCAUUUUUCAGUUACAUUACUCUGGUCAAUAUGCAUUUAGCUAGUGGUGCUGUUGACACAGAAUCAAAAUAUAUAGAAAAAGUUAGAGAUUUUGAAAUUAAACAAAUCAUGAAAAUUGCUAGAAAUGCUGAAAAAAGAAAUACAAUACCAAUAAUUAUUGGUGAUUUAAAUGCUGCUCCUAAUUUGUGUCCAAAUAAUUAUUCUUCUUUUAUUAAAAGAGGAUGGAAAGAUGCAUGGCUUUAUGCUAGGAAUGUCAAAAAAAAAAAAAUAAAACAAGUUUUAGCUAAACCUCUACGUCAAUUAAAAAGGAGCAAAACACCCGUUAUCUCUCCCAACUUGUAUAACCAGUUUGAUUGUUUACUCCCGGCGGAUAACAAACAAAUUGGAUACGAAUUCGUUUAUGAGAGCGGUGGAAAUGAUGUUGACAAGAGGAUCUACAGUUUGAACAAAAGUGAUGAUAGUGCCAGCAAAUAUGGAAACAAAAUUGGUAACAAAAAUGGUAGUAAAAUUGGAAACAAAACAGAUGGUUAUGGUACUAAUGAGGGGUGUAUUUAUCUCGAUAGUGGAUCUAGCGAUCAUGAUAAUAGCAACAUUGACUGCUGUCAAUGUGCAUUAAAAAGUAUCUAUCUCGAAAACUCAAGGGAGAAAAAAGAAAAUAGAAAAAAUAACAAGUCCAUUAAUAAUAAAUCUACUGCUAUUUUCCUCGGUAAAAAGAGAAGUAAUAACAACAGUGAAGAAAAUUACAACAGUGAGAAAAUUGUAAAGAGUGGGGAAAAUUACAACUCAACUUUUUACGCCAAUUCGGCUAAACUUUUGUGCAAUAAUUGCAAAAAUCCCCAUUUCCUGAACUUAUGUAAUGACGAUAGCAAGCAGCUUAGGAAGAGCGUAAAAAAAUGCGAGCUACAUGAAAACAACAUAGUUUCACCAAUAACAUAUUUAGAAACAAAUAACUUUAAGCCAUGUGCAAUGAAAUUUGAAAGUUCUUCUGUUAAUAAUGAUAAUAGUAUGAAUAGUAAUAAUAAUAAUGUGAAUAAUACAAUAAAAACGGGAACAUACAUGCACUUUAAAAAGCUUAAAAACGGCUUCUGCGUAGUAUGCCAUUACAAAAAUAAAGAAAAAUCCAAUGAAAAUAGUAAUACGUGUUUUCUAGGUACUAGUUUAUGUAUUUGUAAUAACAGUAGAGCAAUAAAAACUAUAGUUAAAAUCAAAAAAAAGAAAAGAAAAUACUUUAAUCAUAUAAAUGUCAAAAAAAAAAAAAGAUAUAAACAAGUUAGAAGUACAUACAGAAAAAAUAGUAAAACGGAUAAUGUGGACAUAAAGUUGAAUAACAUUAACAAUAACGAAAAUUAUUUUUAUUUUAAUGAGAUUAGUUGUAGUAAGAGCAACCCUAUUAAAAAUUUCGUUUCUCAUUUUUCUAAAAAUAACGAUUUUCCUAAUUACGACAUUAAAAGUGGUAAAAGAAAUUUGCAUGCAACUAGUACAUUUUGUGUAGCAAAGUUAGAUGAAGAGAAAGAAGGAUGUUUUCCUAGUAGUGAUAUAAAAUAUAAAGGAUACGAUAGUGAGGAUAUAAAGAACAUAUCUACGGAUGUUAUUAACACAUGCACAUGUAUAAGUAGUAGCUAUACUGAUAUAAGCAAAAAUUGCUUAGAUAUCAGAAACAGCAACAACUACACAAGUGUAGACUAUAUAAAAAAGGGUAAGGAUAUUUGUAUGCGCAGUAUACCAAAUAUUAAGAAUGAAACAAGACCAUCCAAUAUUUGUGGGAACAUCCACCAAAAAAAUGAUAGCAUCAGGACACAGAAGAACAUACAAAGGUGUUCUACUUGUGAUAUUAUUAAAUGGGAUACUAAACUUAAUAAUAAUAUUGUUUAUAAUAAAAUCAGCUUGUUCAAAAAUAAUGAAAAAAGAAAUACUUCAAAUGAAGUUAUGACAAAGUACUACGAACAGUCAGAUUAUUGUGCAGGUAAAAAGGAAGAAUAUUAUAACAAUUUCAAAAACUGCACCAACAAUAACAGUGAUUAUAAUUUAUACUCAAGUGAUAUUUCGAGCGACAGCAAUCGUUCGUACACGGAUCUGUACGAUGAUGAGGAGGAAGAAGUGGAAGAAGAGGAAGAAACGGAAGAAGGAGAAGAAGUGGAAGAAGGGGAAGAAGAUAUGAACGAUUUAAGUGACACCAAUUGGAAUAGCUCAAGGUGUUUUAUCAGCAAAGUAGAUUAUACGAACAAUAAGAAAGGACUAGUAAGUGAGGUGGAAAAAGGGUAUACAUAUUCAGAUGCUACGAACAGAGUAAUAAGAAAGAAUAAAGAAAACGAUAUAUUAAAUGGUGAAGUGUUUGUUAAAAAUGAACAUAAUGGAAAUAUGAGAAGGGACUUAACAGAUGAUGUACCCAUUACUGAAAAAAGUGGAGUAUUAGGGAACCACGAAAUAAAGAACGAAGAUCAUUACAAAUGCCAUUACAAAGAGUGUUAUAAAGGACGCUUCAGAGAUAUUACCAAUUCACUCUGUUGUGACUCAUAUAAGGAAGGUAAUACUACCCUCACGCAUAUAUAUAAUGAAAACCCUCAAAAUGGUAUAUACUCUGAAAAGAUCAAAAAAAUAGAGAAAAAUAAUUCUAGAUUGAAUAAAAGCUCUUCACAUGAUGAAGGACAAGAAGGCGUAAACUAUAUCAGGACUAAUUAUCAGGAUAAGGAAAAAAGAAAAACAAGUUUCUUUUUGAGUAAAGAACAGGAGGAACAAGAACAAGUACAACAAGAGCAAAGAAAUGAAAAAACGGAGUUUGUGUUACCCAGAAAGGUAGACGGUUACAAUGGCAAGGACGAUGACAGUGUCGUUAGUCAUGCCGAUUGUAGCGAUAAUAACAAAGUCGAAGAUGUCAACAAAUGUAUUACAAACACUGAUUCUAUUAAUGAAGAUAUAAAUGUUGUAAUAAGUACAUCUAACGCAACCAACGAUGCGAACGAAGAAAAUGCAAGUGUUAACACAAACAAGAAGAAGAAAAAAAUAUCUAAAUUUGCAAAGAAAAUGAAAUAUAUAAAAAAAAAAAUUUUCUGCAAGUUCAUGAGGAGUUACGGAAGGUCCCACUACCAUAAAGGUGAAAAAAGACUAGAAAUUAAGGAAGAUAAAAAAUAUACAUAUUACAAAAAAGGGGAAAAAGGAAAUGACCAAAAGAGCGCUUUGUUUUGUACCGUUAAUGGAGAGGUACAAGAUGGUCAGACUGUAUAUCCUCAAGAAAAGGAAGCAUCGAAUGUCAUGAGGAAUGAUGAGAUAGAUCCUUUCAAUAAUAAUAAAAAUAGAAGAAAUAUAAAUGAACAAAGUAAGAAAAAUGCAAGUUGCAAUAAUUUUCUAUAUUUCACAAAAAAAUGGUAUAAUCAUAACAGUGAACAAGUGCUAAAAAAAGAUAUUUUCUAUUUUAUCAAAAAAUUGAAGUUUAAAAUUACAGAAAUGUUAAGACACACAUUUAAUAUUUAUGAAAAUAAUUCUAAAAAUAGUAUGAGUGAUGAGGAGCAAUUUUUAUUAUGUGAGAAGGAGGGGAAGCACGAAGAGCAGCCUACGCAAAAUGACAGAAACUAUGUAGAGAAUUUUCACACGCACAAAUCGCCAGGAAGCAUAUUAGCAAGUAGCACAUUAGAAAGAAAUGGAUUAGCAAGUAGUGGAGUAACCAGUAGUAAGUUAUCGAACAGCAAGUUAGGAAGAAAUUUUACUAAAACGUGUGAUUACUGUGUUCCACAGAAUGAAUCCCCCAAAAACAAUAAAAAGGAAAAUAUAUUUAGACGAGGACAAAAAAAAUCUAUGUGCAACUAUUUUUUUAGAAGGAGCAAGAAAGGAGAACAGUGGUUUGGAAGAAAUCUAAUGAAAGAAAAAAAUAAUUUUCAUAAGGAAAAAAAAUUUAAUAUUUUUCAGAGUACAGGACGAGGAGAUAUAUAUCAUAAUAAUUUAUAUGAAAAAAUAAAUCUUAAAAAAAAAAAUAAAAUUUUUUUUAAUGUGCAGAAAGAUGAUUCUCUUUCGUGUGAUGAAUUUACAUGGGAUCCUUUGAACCCUUUGAAUUUAAUCGGACCACAUUCUAGAUGUAACGGAUUAAGGUGCGAUUACAUAUUUUUCCCUCCAAUAAAUUACAGAAAGGAUAAAAAUAAUAAACAAAAUAAAGAAGACAAUAUAAAAGUUCAGAAAAAUAGUAAUAUUAAAAUGAGUUACAAUGAACACCUAAUAAGGAGUGACAAAAACCUGAAGACGAACGCUUUACCAUAUGGACAGGAUAGUAAGGAAGGAGAUGAUCAUGCACACUCAGGUUUUGUUUGGAAAUUGCACAGCAGAAGUGAUAAGGGUAGCAAAUGGAACAGUGGCAAAAUAAAUAGUCGAAAUUGCAGUAAUAAAGAAAAGCCAGAACAACGUAACAUUAAAAAAUAUGGAGAUCUAAAAAUUCUGAAGCAUUAUUAUAUUAAGAGUGCAAAGAUAUUAUUUAAUGAGCCCUCAGUAAUGAUACAUUCUCACAGGUAUUACCAAAAUUUCAAUUGUUGCUACUCAUUUUGUAUGAAAAUAAGGAAUGUUCAUUUUGUAACGAUGUCUGAUCAUUAUGCUAUUAAAAUUGAUUUACGACUCAAAAAAAAUCAUCAAUUGGUAUAG